GAGAGGUCUAAUGGGCACCUUCAAUGAGAGGGCAGAGAAACUGAUGACUAAACUUACAGAUAUCGCUGAUAGCAAAACAGAGGCCCACAUGCUGCGUCUGGUCAACUUUGUUACCCUUGAUGUUAUUGCUAAGGUUGCUUUCGGUGUGGAUUUGGACCAGCUGAAGGAUAGUUCAGUUUUCCCGAAAGCCAUCGAAAUGUGUUUGAAAGGGAUGGUGCACUACAUCAUAAACAGCUUUUUUAAGUACAACCCAAAGAACCGACCGUUCAUAAAGGAAGUGAGGGAUGCAUGCCGCCUGCUGCGCACAACCGGAGCUCAGUGGAUUCAAAGCAGAAAGACCGCCAUGCAAAACGGCGAAGACGUCCCCAAGGACAUCCUCACACAGAUCAUCAAAACAGCUGGCAAAGAGGAAACCAUGACGGAAGAAGAUGAAGAGUUGAUGUUGGACAAUUUUGUGACAUUUUUCAUUGCAGGGCAAGAAACAACAGCUAACCAACUGGCCUUUUGCAUCAUGGAACUUUCAAGACAUCCUGAAAUACUGGAGAAAGUGAAGAACGAGGUGGAUGAUGUCAUUGGAAUGAAACAGGACAUCAGUUAUGACGAUCUGGGGAAAUUGGUCUACCUAUCACAGGUACUUAUCAUAAGGGUUGGGUACUGAUCACCUUUGAAUCGA